AUGGGCUUUCUUUCCAAGUUCAAAGGGUCUGGAGCCCAGUCCACAGGCAACACGGUAUCGGAGCCAUCGGCCGUCGACAAAGAAGGAGGCCCUUUGCCGAGCGACUCUUACUCCAGUUCAGACAACGUCAGUCUACCAGAGUUGCAGGAGAAGGAAAUCCUACAGAACCCGGACCGACCGACCGAAUAUGCUCAGGAUGGUCUUAAAAAGGCGGAGGCCGUAGCUCUGGUUUGGCCCAGAUGGGCCGUCUACGCAACCUACGGAUGGAUUUGGGUUGCUUUCUUCAUGCUUGCCCUCCAGCAAGGAACGACUUCCAUUUUCAAUGCUCGCGCGUACGCCGAGUUCGUCACUGCGCCCCAGAUCACCACUGCCAACAUGCUUUCCAGCGUGAUUGGUGGUGUGGUCAAGCUGCCCAUCGCCAAAGUCCUCAAUAUCUGGGGUCGUGCAGAGGGCUUCUUCGUCUUUGUCUGUGUCUAUCUGAUUGGCAUGAUCAUUAUCGCGGCUUCCAAUGGACCGAACGGCUAUGCAGCAGGAUAUGUCCUAUACUGGAUCGGCUAUUAUUCGGUCUACCUGAUCAUGGAUGUCUUCGUGGCAGACACAUCUGGACUUCGCAAUCGAGCCUUUGCCUUUGCCUUUGUCGGCACUCCAUUCAUCUGCACAGCUUUUACCGCGCCAAAGUUGGGUCAGGCAUUUCUCUCUGCAACCACCUGGAGAUGGGGCUAUGGCGCAUUUGUCAUUAUCAUGUUCUUUAUCUUUAUGCCGCUGGUCGUCGUCUUCAAGUAUUACCAGAUGAAAGCUGAGAAGAUGGGUCUCUACAAACGGGCUUCCAGCGGCCGAACCACCGCCCAGUCGCUCGUCCACUACUUCCACGAGUUCGACAUCAUCGGGUGCUGCCUCCUCAUCGCUGCCUUCGUCCUGAUCCUGCUACCGUUCACUCUGAAGACCUACGGCAAGACACAAUACCAUUCGGCCAGCUUCAUUGCAAUGGUAAUCAUCGGCGGUCUCUUGUUCCCGGCAUUUGCUAUAUGGGAAAAGUACUUUGCGCGAACCCACUUCAUCCGAUGGGAACUGUUCAGGCAACGGACUGUUCUCGGUGCAUGCUUCCUCUCCGCCAUCCUUUACUUUUCAUUUUACUCCUGGGAUCUCUACUUCUACAACUUCGUCCUGGUGGUGUAUGACCUCAGUAUCAGUGAUGCUGGUUACAUGACCCAGAUUUACAAUGUCGGCUCCACAUUCUGGGGUGUCGUGUUUGGGAUCUGGAUCCGCUACACCAAGAGGUUUAAAUUUACUUGCCUGUGCUUCGGCUUGCCUCUCAUGUUCUUGGGCGCAGGGCUGAUGAUCUACUUCCGAGGCAACGACCAUGGCAUUGGCUACCUCAUCAUGUGUCAGAUCUUCAUCGCCUUUGCGGGUGGUACUCUUGUCAUCGGCGAAGACAUGGCUGUCAUGGCUUCAGCAGAUCGUGAUGGUGUCCCGAUGAUGCUUUCCCUGAUUGGGCUCAUGUCCAGUGUUGGUGGUGCCAUUGGUGACGCGGUCGCCGCAGCCAUCUACAACAACACUUUCCCCCAGGCGCUGAGGAAGGCUUUGCCAGCUGAUGCCCAGGGCGAUUGGAUGACCAUCUACAAUGGAGGAUACCUGACUCAGAUGACAUACCCCGUCGGAAGCCCCAUCAGAAACGCGAUCGAUCAUGCCUGGGGAGAGAGUCAGAAGUACGGCGCCAUCUCCGCCACUUGCAUCCUCGUAUUGGCUAUCCCUUCCAUCGCCAUCUGGAAGAACCACAACGUUGACAAGAAGCAGAACAAGGGAAAUGUGCUCUGA